AUGAAAAUUCCACCUAAGCGAUCAAAUACUACAUCUUUAGACUGGAAAUUAGGUGACAAGGAAGUCUCAGUGUCUAAACCAACCACCCAUUUGGGUAUUAUUAGAUCAGAAAAGAAUGAGAAUAUUUCAGCCGUUAUAUUUCUAACAGACAUAAUGAUUCCUUUGAUAGCCAUCUUUUAUGUGGUAACUAUAGCAGGCGCGACGAGUUCGUGCCAAACAGAAGACGGUCAGUAUGAUGUCACUGUAAACUUCCGUGGUAAAAAUGGUCAAGAAACACCCAAAUCAACAGUAAUUGCAUUUUACGCCUAUAUAUCAAAACCGAUACCAAACCCGUCGAGUGGUCGACGACUGAUAUUUGAUGUGCCCACGACAAACCAGGGUAAUGGAUAUAACAGCAAUACUGGUGUUUUUACCUGUCCAAAGACAGGCACUUACGUUUUUGUGUUGGUUGUUAGAUUGUACUCUGCGUAUCAUUCAAUACAGUUAAUGAUUAAUAAUUCUGUGAAUGGAACCUCCUUUCAUAACGCCCAAAACGAUGACAACACUUCCAGUAGUACUGUUGUUGUGAAUGUGUCGAAGGGCGAUACUGUUUACGUUCGUACCCAUUCUAAAUACAAAGGAGUUGGUAAUAUACACACUAAUACAUAUGGUAGAACAACAUUUUCUGGAUGGCUACUGAACUAA